AUGACUGAAACAACUAGGAAAAUUGUCGUUGUUGGAGAUGGAAUGGUUGGAAAAACUGCUUUGUUGUCAGCAUUUGUUAAUGGUGCAUUUCAGGAUUGUUAUAUCCCAACUGUAUUUGAAACAGCAGCUAAAGAAAUUGAACUAUCCGACGGACGUCAUUUAACUCUAGGUUUAUGGGAUACAGGAGGUCAAGAGGAAUUCGAUCAAAUCCGACAACUUGCUUAUCCUGGUGCCAGUUUGAUUCUUCUAUGUUAUGCUGUGGACUGUCCUACAAGUUUGGAAAAUAUUGUACACACAUGGCUUGACGAAGUGAAAUGUUACUGCCCUCAGAUACCACUUAUAUUAGUUGGAUGUAAAGCUGAUAAACGUGUCGUUAUUACAUCACGUAAAGCUAAUCACUUGUCUAUGAAUGCCUCACAAACCACACUUAUUGAUCCCAGUGAUGCAGACAAGGUCUGUAAACAGAUCGGUGCACAAAUUGUUAUUGAAUGUUCCGCUUUGACAAGAUCUAAUGUGAAUUCCAUAUUUGAAUUAGCCGCUCGUAUUAUAUUAGAUGCAGAGAAAGAAACUAUGAGAUCAUCGAAAUUUUGCAAUAUUCUACCGAUCCAUAGGAAAAAGUCAGUUUCAAACGGUACAGUAACCGGUAAAUCAGUCAUCACACGUCGAAGCUCUGAACUGAAACGACGCAUAUCUAGUUCAAAUUACUUUUGUUUCUUAAGGAGACAAUGA